AUGUUAGAAGAAGAAGCAGCUAUUUGGUGGAAGUCUAUGUUAGGAGUCUUAAGGACUCGAAAUACUAUUCAAGAAAAUGGGGAUGUACGGGUGACACCUAUUACUUGGGAACAAUUUAAGACUGCAUUUAAUGAUAAAUACUUUCCCAAGUACUGGAGAGAGGUGAAAAAGCAAGAGUUCUUAAAGUUGGCUCAAACAGAUGAUAUGUCCGUGGUACAGUACAAAGCCAAGUUUUCCAAGUUGAUAAAAUAUGUGCCCAUAUACACCAUUAACAAUUUUGAGAAGGCCCAGAAGUUUUUCCAAGGACUCAGAAAAGAAGUUAAGCAAGUUCUGUACGCAUGGAACAUUCGCACAUUUGAGGAUGUGGUCGAGAAGGCCAUUAUCGUUGAGAGGAACAUGAUGGCUCAAGGAGAACGGAAGCUCUGCAGUGAUUUGAAAAAAGAAGUGGAGAGUAAAGACAAGUCAACAAAGCCUCCAAUAGCCCAAUUCAAGAAGCCGGAAGGAGCCAAAUUUAAAAAGGAAAAGUAUUGCAAGAAGUGCCAGAAAAGACAUGCUUGCAAUAAGUGUGGGACCAAAAGUAAGGGAGCAGGUUGCUUUGUUUGUGGAGAAACUGGACAUUUUACGAGAGACUGCCCCUCGAGGAAAACAUUGAAGAUCGAGGAAGGGCCCAAAAGGGAGGUGACAUGUUAUGCUUGCAAACAGCGGGGACACUAUGCAUAG